CUUUAUUUGACUUCUCUUACUUUGAGUCUGAACGCGUGAGCUGGCACGGAAGGUGUGAAUUUCUAAUAUUUAUCUGCGUUUUAAAGUUGUUUGCUGUGGCGAAGAUUGCGGAUAAACGUAGCGACUGAUGUUCGCUUUAAAAGAAGACGACUGUACGACGUGAAGUAUGUGACUUGGUGGCAGCAUUUCCGUGUCGGCCUUUCGCCCAGUCAGCCAGCAGAAAUAGAAACUUUGCAGUUAUCGUCUGGUUGCAGGGGGGAAAAACUCCUUCCAAUGUCUUUAGUAGAGGAUUUUCUGUGCGCGAUGCGCUUUGUGCUGGAGUACUUUGGAGUUCCUCCAGAGAUGUUAAUUCCAGUGUGGGACAGUGAGCUGUGUGGUCAGUAUCGCAGCAUUGUGCGGAUGAUUGGGUCCAAUCUCCCACUGACUCCGACACCUCGUGUCCACUUUCAGGUCCCGCUGCUCACCUACAGGCCCAGUGCUUGUGUUGAUGUCACUGUGGACACCCGUGCCAUCCCAUCAUUUGCUGACAUCCUGUGGGUGUUUGAGGAUGAAGGGGACAGCUUUGCCAAAACAAGGAACCAUUUGGCUCCCAAGAAGCAAAGUAUUACAAAUAGGGAUGUGGUGAGACCAGGCCCCGCUCAAAAUGAGAGAGGAGCUCGCUCUAUAAGACAUGCAGCUAAUCCAGACGCUCUGAAGAAGAUCACAGCGCUGGAGAACGAGCUGCUCAAACUACGAGCUCAGAUAGCCCUGAUUGUCACUGCUGCUCCAGACUCAGGUCUGCCAGACUCUCAAGGCACCCCAGGCUCACCUGUGACAUCUUCUCUUCGUCCACCAGUGCACACCUCCACACCUCACAACGCUCUUCCACCACCGCCACCCCCUCCACCCCCUCCACCACCUCCCUGUCAUAACUCUUCAACUGAGGUUUUAAAUGUAGUAGAGCUGAUCCACCAGCGUAGGAAGAACACCAAAAAUGGUGAUAAGGGUCCGCUCAAUCGCCAGGACUCAGGAGAUAAAGGAAUCCCAUCCAUGCUGGAUGUUCUCAAGGACUUAAACCAAGUUAAAUUACGCUCAGUGAAGAGAUCACCGGGGGGCACGCCAGUCACAAGGAGGCGCAGUAAGGGACCUGCAGCGUUGCUCAAUGACCCUGCUGCUCUAAUUGCUGAAGCUCUGAAGAAAAAGUUUGCCCAUCAUCGCCACAACAUUUCUUCAGACAAGGAGAAUUCAAUAGAACGCUCCCCAUUCGGCAGUCCCGAAACUCCUAAGGUUCCUCAGCACACCAGACGCAGUCAGGGACGCCGCCACCUGUUGGCUCAUUAAAGCCUAACGUUUGAGGCCAGAAGGCUGAAAGUCAGACAUCCCAUCAACAAACCACAGCACAGAUUUCUUCUUCAGCUACUGAUUCAUGUUUGUUUGUCUUGGCCUGUUGCUUUUUUAGAAGGGUUCGUCUCACAAUGUCAUAAAUGGUUGUCAUCAUUCAGGGAGGUAUGAAUGUAUUUUUGUGUGGAUUAAUUGCUGGAAACGUUGGUUUUAGUACAGUCUUUGAUUUUUUUUAUUUUUACAUUGCAGUGUUUUUGUUUCAAGUGUUAGCCAUCGUGAGACCUCUGUUUGCAGAGCUUCUUUAUACUUUAUCUGUAUUUUCUAUUCAAGCAGGUGUGCACUGCAGCUUUCUGCUAAAGAUCUACAAAUCUGUUUGCUAUGUUUCUAAAAAUCACUGUGCACUAAAUUCUCUAACGAGUCAAAGAGUAGGAAUUUGGAGAUUUACACAACUUUUUUUCUAUGCAAGUGAUGUUUUGUUAUUAAACUGUUAAAGUUCA